AUGGCUGCCGUCGCCGUCGCGUCCCCGUCCCAGUUCCCAAUCUACCGAGAAAGCAGCCGAGACAUCGGCACACGUCCCAGUGUCCACUUGACCCCAAAACCGCCAGGUCCCAAUCAGCUUUACAGACAGAAGGAUGUAGUUUAUGGUGAUUGGCGCGAUGAUCUAGUCCGCGAUGGCUUUGUUGUUGUCAAGGGCGUGAUACCUAAGGAGCGCGCCCUGGCGUAUGGAGAUGCGGUCUUCGACUACCUCGAAAGCUUUCCCACUGGAGGGUUUAAACGUGAGGAGAUUGCAACCGUCCUCGAAAAGAAUUUACCUGUGAUGAACGAGAAGGGCAUGAUAUUCGGUUACGGCAUCAAUCACGAGGAGGUUGCAUGGAACGUCCGUCAAGAGCCUGGUGUGAUAGCUGCGUUCGAGAAGCUACAUGACACCCCUGAUAUUCUGGUGAGCUUCGACAGCAUGAACAUCCAGUGGCCAAACCGUCCUGAUCAGAAACCCAACACGCCAUGGCCUCAUCAGGAUCAAGAUCCCGCGACCGCAAGCACCUUCCGAUGUAUGCAGGGCAUCGUCAAUAUCCUGCCCAAUGGUCCAAAUGACGGUGGCCUGUAUGUCUGCAAGGGAGCACAUGCCAUGUCUGAGGAGUUUCACAGAUUGUUCAAGGAUGAGCCGGACAAGAUCUGGUCGUGGACACACGAGUGGUAUGGUUUCACCGCCUCUGGAAUGAAGUGGCUUGAAGAAAAAGGCUGCGAGUGGGUCAAACCGAGCAUGGAGCCCGGCGAUCUGAUUAUGUGGGAUUCACGGACGCCCCACUACAACCUUGUACCAAAGGGCAACAUCCCAAGGAUUGCCUACUACACAUGCUAUGGGCCAGUCACCGAUGCGAGCCCUGAGCAACUACUGAAGAAGAAAGAAGCCUUUGAAAAGACCAUGGGAACUACCCAUUGGCCAAAUGCCCUUCAUGUCGGCGGCUUAUUCCCAGAACGCAAUGGCAAGCGAUGUGAGCAUGACACUGGAAAGCCGAAGAAAGAGGUCGAAUUAACGGACAGAGGAUGGAGGCUCACUGGCAUCCCAUACAUUAGCCCACUUUGA